UAAGAACAUUGAACUACUUCACCUGAAGUUAUCGCCUUUUGCAAGCGACGCAUGCGCAUUCGGCAUAUCGCGGCACUUAGAAAAAUUACGUUCGGUCCUCGGUCGACCGGCCCAAUCCUCAUGUAAUCUCAGACGUGUCUGGAACAAACCGCGUUAUACGUAGGCAAAAUGAGCGUUGAAAAUCCAGCCAGUGAUAAUGAUUGUGAUUCUGGAAAGGUAAAUGGAAAUAAAAAUGAGCACGUGAACGGCAUCCACAAUGGAUACAACAGUUCCGAGAAGCAUAAGAGCAGUCACAAGUCGUCAAGUAAAGAUAAGCAUCGUGACAAAGAUCGAGACCGGGACCACAAGAGCUCGUCCAAACAUAGCAGCAGCUCGAACAGGGACAAAGAUAGAGACAGACACUCUAGUAGCAAAAAUCACAGCAGCUCUCACAAGUCAUCUAAUAAAGAUAAAGAGCGUGAUAAAGAACACAAAGAUCGGGAUAAACAGAAAGACAAAGAGAGAUCAGACAGGGACAAGGAUCGCAGUGACAAGGAUAAGGACAGGCACCGGGAUAAGGAUAGACAUCGUGACAAAGACAAGAGCGAUAAAGAUAAAAACAAAUUAAGUGAUGGUGAAAAGAAGUCAUCCUCUUCAAAAGAAAAUUCAUCAUCGUCAAAAGAUAAGGAGCACAAGUCUAAGGAUAGAGAUAAGGACAGGGAUGAAAAGGAUCGCCACAGAAGUGAAAAAGACCGUCAUCGUGACAAAGAUAAGCAAUCCAUUCCUAAAGCCAAACACAGCUCAAGCAAAAGCUCCAGUAAGGAUAAAAGCCACAGUGAGAGACAUGAAAAAGUUAAGAUUGAUCCUGACUCUGAUGAUUAUUCUACAAAACAAGAGCCUAGUUUGGAGGUAGAAGUGGACAUAAAGCCAGAAAUAAAAGAAGAAGAUGAAGAGUAUAGAGGUGCUAAUAACACCACUAUUUCAUCUUGCGACUACUCGAUCUCAAAGUUAAAGGAAGAACCCCUUUCUGAACUGCCUCCUGACGAUGAUAGUGCUUCAGAAGGAGAAGAAGACAUCCCUCUGUUAGAGCGCAUGGCGUCAAAGAAACGAGCUGCUAGUGAAAGUGAAGAAGAAAUCCCAUUGCUUCAACGCAAAAAGUCAAAAAAGAAGAUUAAGAAAGAAACUUACGAUAAUGAAGAUGAUGACGAAUCCCAUAAAAAAAAGAAAAAAGUAGAAAAACGAAAAGCCAACCAGAGUGUUAAGAGCGAAACAGAGAAUGCCAGUCCUACGAAACGAAAGAAGAAAGAUGAAGAAGAGCAGGAAGUUUGGAAGUGGUGGGAAGAAUCUAAAAAAGAAGAUGGUACUAAGUGGCACUUUCUCGAACACAAAGGACCCCUGUUUGCACCCCCAUAUGAACCACUACCUGAAAAUGUCAAAUUCCGUUAUGAUGGAAAAGUAAUAAAGCUUUCUGAAGAUGCUGAAGAAGUAGCUGGAUUUUAUGCACGUAUGUUGGAACACGAGUACACCACAAAGUCAACAUUUAAUAACAACUUUUUCGGAGAUUGGCGAAAAGUAAUGACACACGAAGAAGCAAAACUUAUAAAAGAUCUCUCAAAAUGUGACUUUAAAGAAAUGCAUGCAUAUUUCCAAAGUCAAUCAGAGAAGAAUAAAAAUAGAACAAAAGAAGAAAAAGCUGCACUGAAAGCAAAAAAUGAGGAAAUACAAAAAGAGUAUGGUUUCUGCAUAAUAGAUGGACAUAAAGAGAAAAUCGGUAAUUUCAGGAUAGAACCUCCUGGCCUAUUCAGAGGAAGAGGAGAACAUCCCAAAAUGGGAAUGUUAAAGAAACGUGUGAUGCCUGAAGAUGUUCUUAUUAAUUGUUCUAAAGACAGCAAAAUACCUAAACCACCGCCUGGACACAAAUGGAAGGAAGUAAGACACGAUAAUACUGUCACUUGGUUGGCAUCUUGGACUGAAAAUGUUCAGGGCCAGGCUAAAUAUGUCAUGUUAAAUCCUAGUUCUAAAUUAAAAGGUGAAAAGGAUUGGCAAAAAUAUGAGACAGCUCGAUGCCUUCAUAAAAGUAUUGAUAAAAUACGUGAAACAUAUCGGGCCGAUUGGAAGGCAAAAGAAAUGAGAGUCCGCCAACGAGCUGUGGCUCUUUAUUUUAUUGAUAGGUUGGCACUGAGAGCAGGCAACGAAAAAGAUGAUGAUCAAGCUGACACAGUUGGUUGUUGUUCUCUGCGUGUGGAACACAUCGAGCUACACAAAGAAAAAGAUGGAAAAGAAUAUGUAGUUGUUUUUGAUUUUCUAGGUAAAGAUUCCAUUAGGUAUUACAAUGAAGUACCAGUAGAAAAAAGGGUAUUUAAGAAUCUCGAAAUAUUUAUGGACAACAAAAAAGGCAGUGAUGAUCUGUUUGACAGAUUAAACACACAAACAUUGAAUGAACAUUUAAAAGAUUUGAUGCCAGGGUUAACUGCAAAGGUCUUCCGUACUUAUAAUGCGUCUAUAACAUUGCAAAGACAGUUAGAGGAGUUAACAGAUCCUGAUGCUUCAAUACCAGAGAAAAUAUUAGCAUAUAAUAGAGCAAAUAGGGCAGUCGCUAUUCUCUGUAACCAUCAACGUGCAGUACCAAAAGGUCAUUCAAAAUCAAUGGAAGCAUUGAAAGAGAAAAUUAAAGCCAAAAGGGACCAAGUAGAUGAAGCAGAAGAAGAUUAUCGUGAUGCAGCCAAAGCUGCUAAAAGAGGCUCAGUAAAAGAAAAAUUAGCUUGUGAUAAAAAGAAGAAAGCUCUGGAACGUUUGAAGGAACAGUUGAAAAAAUUAGAACUUCAGGAAACUGACCGUGAUGAAAACAAAACCAUUGCUCUUGGCACCUCCAAGCUGAAUUAUCUUGAUCCUCGAAUUUCAGUAUCAUGGUGUAAAAAACAUGGUGUACCUAUUGAAAAGAUCUACAACAAAACACAACGUGAUAAAUUCCGGUGGGCGAUCGACAUGGCCGGACCGGAUUACGUCUUCUAAUUUCCUUAGAUUUAGCAUUAGCUAAAAAUUACAUACACUAUUUCAUAUCUGUAUACGUUCCACAUUUAACAUCCAUUUGUUUAUACUUUUCACUAUUUAUUUUAUGAAAUUUUGACCAAGACUAAAAUUCUCUAUUAUUUUAUGAAUUGAUAUUGCCUAUGGACAAAGUCCACUCCUAUAGUUUCAAAAUCAUAAUUAGAAGUCUGAUUCUAAUUUAUUUUAACAUUAAAGUUUGCUUAAUCUAUAUGACUUUGUCAGCUAAGUUAGUGUUAGUUGGAAUAGUAGAAUAAGAUUGUACAAAUUUUGCAAUCAAAUGCGUAAGAUGUGGCACAUUUUAUUAAACUGAAGUUUAGUAAUGAUUUUACAAAAUACAGAUUUAGAUUUUGCAUUAUAAGCUAGAUUUAUAUUACUUGUAGGACCCCAAUUAGUACUUUUAUGUUACAAAAAUGACAGUGCUGAGUAAGAUUAAGAUAGUCAUUUUGGUAUUCAGUAUGAAUUUAAUUUGUAUAUAAUACCUCACGGCUGUUCAUUAGAACCAGUGUCCAGCUUACAUUUUGUGGAGCGUACUGAUUCAGUGUUUUUGACUGGAUGUGGACAAUAAGCAUUUCAACUGCUAUUGUAUCACGCUCACACAAAUAGGAUAAUGUAAAUUUAUAUUAUAUAUUUGUGCACAAUGUGCAGUAGCAAAUGUUGUAAAUUAAGAUAAUGUUAUUUUAUUUUUAUAAACAUAGGACAACCGAAAAAAUUAUGGCAUAUGCUAAGCCAUCAGUGUUACAAAGGUACAAUGUAAGUAAAAUUUGUAAUAUUACAGUGAUGUGUGUAUCUUGUAAAUAGUAAAUUUUUACUAUGUCAUAUUUGUGAAAUGAGAUUAUCCAAAAUAAAACAGACACAUGUA